AUGAAUCGAUUUACAAUUUACUAAAAGUACUACUUUUCAAAUCCUUUGAGUGGAUUGAAAAAAUAAACCCUUGAUGACAGUGUAGAUGAAGAACCUUCAGAGAAUUGCGAAACAAGCUCUUCUUCUAAUUAAAUUGUCAUCAUUUAAUCUCUACAUUCGAAAACUAUAAUAGAGAAUUUUGAAGACAAACGAAUACAUAAAAAAUCAUGGAGAGAUGAUUUUAUAUGGCUUUGA